CCACUGCUCCUUCCCGUUUCACUUUUCCCUUCGUGAAAAAAUCAUAAACAAGUCGCUGCCAACGCCCGCCCCAGCAAUUGUGGCAACUGAUACAAAAGUUGACACAAGUCGGGGAACAGCCCUGCCCCAUCGAUGGGGUGGCACGGGGGCAGGGGCGCAUAUUUGCUGCUUGAGUUGAACUCAAUUUAAUGGAAAAAUACGCCGAGCAAAUAAAAGUUUUUCGCUGUUGUUUCUUUUUUUCUCUUUUGGCUGUUUGCGGGGAAAAUUUAUGAGCUGAUGAUAGUAUUCAAAAUUUGUGCCACACUCCAAGCUAAAGGUGGAAGUUCUGUGGCAGUGGCAGGAGUUACGCAGCUGGCCUCCGGCUUACUCCGAGAGGGGGCCGUGGCACAGCGGCAAAGAGGCGGAGUGGCGGGGAGCGCAAGGCAGUUGUUUGGUUUCCGCGCAGUCAUUUGUCGACCCAUUGAACCAGUUUUUGGGUUGUCUCUCUAUGCGAACAUGUCGCAGCGGCUUAGGCCUAAGUCAAUCUGUCACACACACAAACACACACACACAGAGGGAGUCACACACAGAGGGCCAACUCGCUGGCCGUGAAAUUUGGCAAUAGGUUCGAAGGCUUUUGUCGGGUUUUCUGUGGCUAUAAAAACUGCCAAAACGCAGCAGUUGGCCAUCAGUAGCAACUUUCAGCUCUAUUCCAACAUCACUCAAAGUUUCCAGUUUGCAAACUCCCAAACUCCUCCAGCCAUGGCAUUCAAGUACGUCCUGUUGUCCUUCUGCGCUUUGUUGGGUGCAUCUAGCGCCGGUUUCGUGGCACCAGCCACCACCUAUGCUGCAGUUCCCGUGGUGACGAAGCUGGCACAGCCCCACUUCGAUGCCGUGGGCACCACACAGCAGAAUGUGGUCCGCUCCUUCGGCGGCACUGUCUCCACGUACUCCAAGAAUGUGGUCACACCCUACUCGAGCGUCACCAAGUCGGACUCUCGCACCACCAACAAUGUGUACACCCCGAAGACGCUCUACUCUGCCGCUCCCGUGAUUACCAAGUCUGUGUAUGCCGCCGCUCCAGCUCCAGCUCCAGUCUAUGCCAAGACUGUGUACUCCGCUCCCGCCCCCGUGCUGGCCAAGACUGUGUACUCCGCUCCUGCUCCCGUGUACGCAGCUGCUCCCGUCGUCACCAAGUCUGUCUAUGCUGCUCCCGCUCAUGUGUACUCCGCUCCUGCUCCCGUGUACGCUGCCGCAGCACCCACAGCCUUCGUGAAGUACUCGCCCGCUGCUGUCGUCUCCCACGCCAGCUUCGAUGGCUUCGGCGCCCACUGGGGCUACUAAGCGGGAGAGCGGAAGAGUUCUGCCCUGCUGCCCGUUGACACUUUGUUGAUUUGUUCUUACACUAAAUAA